UAUUUGCGAUCCCAAGUGGUGGCACAACAAUUGGAACGUCAGAGUCAGAUGGUGGAUCGAAUCGCCGAAAAGGGUCAAGGCGAGAUUGCCAAUCUCUUGGGACAACGGUCCAAAACCAAGGAGAAGGAUCUCUUUGAGCUACCCGCUCUGACGGGUCCAGAUGAGACGGAUGACUUGGACUCUAGUGAUUCGGAACGCGAGGAUAUUUUGGCCCAUUUGGAUAUUCAUCAUCAUACGGAUAUCCAUAAGAUUGAUGUAAACGGGGCCAAAUUUCAGGCACUGCCCAAGCAUCGCCAAGUGGAAGUGCUUAUGGAAUUACGGGAGAAACGCAAACAAAGCUCUUGGGGCAAAAUGCACGAGAUGCCGAAAGAAGCGCAGAGUUUCUCCGGGUUUCAAAUGGAACGUCUUCGCCACCGUUUCCAAAUGCAGAAGAAUCUGGAUGACGUGGGCAAAGAGCUCAACGACACGGCCUUGACCAUUGUGGAUCAUAAACUGUUUGUGGGGGAUCGAGCGGGCGUCAAACGCCAACGAGAAGCGGCCAAACGUGAAUUAGCUGGACAGGAUUUCUUGUAUUUGGACGGGCUCAAGCAUGGUUCCUUGGCCAACCCCCCGUCUCCAUCGACAUCCAAAAAAGUGAAACGUUGUGACGAAGUAAGAGAGCUGCAGACUGAUUCUGAGGAUGAAGAUCAACUAAGUAUUGGAAAAUCUGGUUUGGAUCGAGCCAUUGCCGAAAGUCUAGCUGAAAGUACCAAUCAUGGUCUUUCGCAAGCAGACAUUAUGACACCCUACGAGUCCAAGAAAGUGGGUAGUGAAGCUGAUCGAUUCCAUGACGACGAAAUUGUGAUCCUUGAACCCACAGGCGUUCAAAAUUCGUCAAGACGUGGUGGUUUUAGUUUUCCAGUCAUCAAGAAGGAAGUGGAGCUGAGUGAGGAUGAAACCGAGGAUGAGCCGCAGCCUUCCACUUCUUAUGAUGCUGGCAUUCCAAAUCUUCCCAUGCAAAUAAGUGUGGAUCCGAUGGCUCCAGUUCAAGAUGAUCUCUUUGCUGAUGUAUUUGAGGAUGAUUCUAAAGUACCCAUGGAAAAAGAAGAGCCUGGUAUUGAGAUCACUGUCGGAAUAAUGGAGGAUUCGGAUGAUUCGUCGGAAGACGACCUUUUUGCUGACGUCUUCAAAGAUCCCAAGACAGAUCCCACGGCUUUGGACGCAAUAUUGAAGAAAGCAGAGGUCAAAAAAGAUGAAGUGAAAGUGGAUAUUGCCAAGGCUGCCUUGUCCGAAAGUGAAACCAAAGAAGAGCUGUUUGCUCAAAUUUCGAAAAAGGCCAGAAAGACUGAGACCAGAGAUGAGAUUCCAGCCCAACUGACUCAAAAAAUGAAAAACUCCGGACAUCUUUUUCUUCAGAUUGCUUCAAAAUAUGCUGAGGAGCAAGAAGAACAAAAGGGCACGAAGAGUCCAGAGCGGCCUAAAAUUGCGGAAACAAACGAUUUGAAAUCUCUUCUGGACAAAGAAAGACAAGAUCUGGUUCAAGAAAUGCACGCCAGAGGAAAGGAAUCAAAACUUCUUGUAGCUAAGAAGUCCAGGUCUGCUCUAGAACCGGUAAAGGAGCCAACUAGACUUGUCGAGACUAAUGUGGAAGAAAACGAAUUGCUUAGAGCCUUGAAGGUUCAUGCCCAAGAAAAGAAUGCCUAUUCCAAGGUAUUAAUUGAUGACCAAACGGAAGACGACCCAGCUGAAAAAGAGGUUUUUGGUGCCUCUGCUCCCGGAUUUGUGAGGAGCAAAAAAUCCAAUGUUACGGAAAUUGAAGCCCAAAACCUACCUGGUCUGAACCAGCUUGAGAAUGACGAUUUUGGUUUGGAUCAGUCUAUCUUGAAGAAAAUUGAGGCCUCUGAAGAUGACGCUAAAAAUCCUGACAAUGUACUCACUGAAGACGAAUUGCGACAAAUCCAGGACCAAUUGGCACAAGAUCAGAACCAAUUGAUUGCCCAACGAGGCAAACAAGAUCGUUUGGCUGCCUCUGUAACCGACCAGAUGUAUGCAGAUUGUCAAGAGCUCAUACAACUGUUUGGCCUCCCUUGGAUCGUGUCCCCCUCUGAAGCAGAGGCCCAAUGUGCCUUCUUAGACAUAAACAAUCUUACCCAUGGAACCAUCACGGAUGACUCGGAUGUUUGGGUAUUUGGCGGGCUUAAUGUCUACAAAAACUUCUUCAAUCAAGACAAGCACUGUGAGCUCUUCACGGCAAAUGAGAUUUCCAAACACAUGGGAUUGAGUCGUGAGAAGAUGAUCCUAAUCGCUCUAAUGACUGGAAGUGAUUACACUUUGGGAAUUGAAUCAGUGGGUCCAGUCACGGCUAUGGAGGUUCUAGCUGAAUUUCCAGGAUCAGGUAUAGAACCAUUUACCCAUUUUGCGGAUUGGUGGAAAAAGCAUCAUGAAAACUUCACACUGCCCCCUGGAUCUAAAUUGAAAGAAAAAUUACGGAGACUGGAAUUACCGCCAAACUUCCCCAAUGAACAAGUUGUGGAUGCCUAUUUCAGUCCUAAAGUGGAUAAUUCAUUGGAAGAGUUCUCUUGGGCCGUGCCCAAUUUUGUCGAGAUCAGGGAUUACGCCCAAGAAAAAUUUGGUUGGCCUAAGGUCAAGAUUGAUGAGAUCAUCAUGCCCGUGAUCAAAAAGUUCAACGUCAAAAUUACUCAAGGACGUAUCGAUAACUUUUUCCAAAGAGAAAGACUCACCUUACCCAGUAAAGGCCAAUUUCAAAAUAGUAAGCGCAUGCAGGCGGCCAUUGACAGAGUCAUGGGUAAAGAACUGCCAUCCAAGAAGACCAAUAAACCGGUCAAGGGCGAGUCUGUGACCAAGACAAAGAAACCUUCAAUGGCAAAACCCCAAGUCCAAGAUAGUGUCAGUCCUAAAGUGCUGGAGAAGGCUCAAAAGGAUCUGGCCAAUGCCACGGAUAAGGCUCCUUUGUACCUGAAAGCCUUGGAUGAGGCACGCAAACAAGAGGCCAAAUUGAAGGCCAUAGAAGUGUUCAAGAAGAGCCAAGAAAAACUGCGAGGAGGAAAGAAACGGCCUUUAGAAAAAGGUCGCCAGAGGACGGUCUUGGCCAAGCACAACUUGUCUGAAGAUGAAGAGAGUGAUUAAGGAUGAGACAGUGCAAGAAUAUUGGCAUCUCAAAGCCAACCACUAUUCAGCUAAUUUUGAAAGCAGUAUUUUAUAUGAAAUCAAAUAUAUGAAAUCAUACUUGAAAA